CCUGCCCCUAGGAAUAUGAAAGGACUCUCCACCAGCCGGACCCAGCCUCAGCUGUGCUCCGCGCACACGUGCGGCCUGCCACCCCCCGAGGACUGCGACCACACGCACGACCACCUCCACCAUGGGCAGGAGGUGCGGCCGUCCUACCUGCUCAGCCCACCCGAUGGCUGCCCGGUGGAGCACCACCGCUGCUCGCCACGCAGCUCUGUGCACUCGGAGUGCAUGGUCAUGCCAGUGAUGCUGGGCGACCACGUGUCCAGCAGCACCUUCCCCCGCAUGCACUACAGCUCGCACUAUGACACGCGCGACGACUGUGCCACGGCCCAUGCAGGCACCAAGAUCAACCGCAUCCCGGCCAAUCUCCUGGACCAGUUUGAGAAGCAGCUUCCCAGGCACAGGGAUGGGUUCCACACUCUGCAGUACCAGCGGGCAUCGACCACGGCAGAACAGCGCAGUGAGAGCCCUGGGAGGAUCCGGCACCUGGUCCACUCCGUGCAGAAGCUGUUCACCAAGUCACACUCACUGGAGGGCUCCUCCAAGAGCAAUGUCAACGGGACCAAGGGGGAAGGCCGGGCAGAUGACCACCAUCAUGGUCACCAUGCCAAGCAUGGCAAGAGGAGCAAGAGCAAGGAGCGCAAGCCAGAAAGCAAGCACAGGUCGGGCAUGAGCAGCUGGUGGAGCUCGGAUGACAACCUGGACAGUGACAGCACCUACCGCACACCCGGCGUGCUGAACAGGCACCACAUGGACCCCCUCGCCCACUGCUACCCCGACGCGCUGCAGAGCCCCUUCGGGGACCUCUCCCUGAAGACUUCCAAAAGCAACAAUGAUGUCAAGUGCUCGGCCUGCGAGGGCUUGGCUCUGACACCCGAUGCCAAGUAUAUGAAGCGCAGCUCCUGGUCCACGCUCACGGUCAGCCAGGCCAAGGAGGCCUACCGCAAGAGCUCGCUGAACCUGGACAAGCCCCUGAUGCACCAGGACCUCAAGCCUUCCUUGAGGCCGUGCCACUACCUCCAGGUGCCUCAGGACGAGUGGGGAGGGUACCCCCCUGGCGGCAAAGCGGAGGAGAUUCCCUGCCGGAGGAUGAGGAGCGGAAGCUACAUCAAAGCCAUGGGGGAUGAGGAGAGCGGGGAGUCAGACUCCAGUCCCAAGACAUCACCCAUGUCGGCCAUCCGACCCGAGCCGCUGCUGAAGUCCCUCGGGCAGCGACCCCUUGGAGACCACCAAACCCAGAGCUACCUGCAAGCUGCCAGUGACGUGCCUGUCGGUCACAGCCUGGACCCUGCUGCCAACUACAACUCCCCAAAAUUCCGCUCCCGGAACCAGAGCUACAUGAGGGCUGUCAGCACCCUGAGCCAGGCCAGCUGCAUAAGCCAGGUGAGUGAAGCGGAGAUUAACGGUCAGUUCGAGUCGGUUUGCGAGUCCGUCUUCAGCGAGGUGGAGUCUCAGGCCAUGGACGCCCUGGACCUCCCCGGAUGUUUCCGAACCAGGAGUCACAGUUACCUUCGAGCCAUCCAAGCUGGCUACUCCCAAGAUGAUGAAUGUAUUCCUGUGAUGACACCCUCCGACAUCCCCGCAACCAUCAGGUCAGCAGCAGCUGUCUCAUACACGAAUUACAAGAAAACACCCCCGCCAGUACCUCCUCGGACCACCUCCAAGCCUCUGAUCUCAGUGACGGCGCAGAGCAGCACGGAGUCCACACAGGAUGCCUACCAGGACAGCCGUGCCCAGAGGAUGUCUCCAUGGCCCCAGGACAGCCGUGGCCUCUACAACUCCACGGACAGUCUGGACAGCAACAAGGCCAUGAGCUUGGCUCUGGAGACGGCCGCGGCUCAGCGCCAUGGCCAGGACAACCAGGGCAGCUCCGUGAGGACCAGGGACAAGGCCAUCCUGGCAUCCAAGGCCGAGGAGUUGCUCAAGGGCCGCUGCUCCUCCAUCGGGAUCCAGGACUCUGAGUUCCCAGAGCACCAGCCAUACCCAAGGUCAGAUGUGGAAACAGCUACAGACUCUGACACGGAGAGCCGAGGCCUGCGGGAAUACCACUCCGUGGGCGUGCAAGUAGAGGACGAGAAGCGGCACGGGCGUUUCAAGCGCUCCAACAGCGUCACAGCCGCCGUCCAAGCUGACCUGGAGCUGGAGGGCUUCCCAGGACACGUCGCCACUGAGGACAAAGGCCUCCAGUUCGGCUCAUCCUUCCAGCGGCACUCAGAGCCCAGCACUCCCACCCAGUAUGGCGCGGUCAGAACUGUGCGGACCCAGGGGCUCUUCAGCUAUAGAGAAGACUAUCGGACGCAGGUGGACACAGCCAGCCUGCCCCCACCUGACCCUUGGCUGGAGCCCUCCAUGGAGACCGCAGAGACUGGGAGGAUGUCCCCGUGCCGCAGGGAUGGCUCGUGGUUUCUGAAGCUGCUGCACACAGAGACAAAGAGGAUGGAAGGCUGGUGCAAAGAGAUGGAGAGAGAGGCUGAGGAGAAUGACCUCUCAGAGGAAAGUAAGAGCUCAGGCAUCUCCCGGGGCCAUUGGGCACUGGUGGCCUUGCGGUUAAGCAGGUACCAGAGGGCAGCAUCAGUGGGGAGAGGGCCUUCCUCCAGUACUUGGGAGAAUGAAAAUAAAUGUGCUUGCUACCAUAGCCUACUCAGUUAUGAGAAAGCAUAUGAACACAUGAAAAGAAAAGCAGUCGCUAACAUACCGAACGGCAGUCCUGGUGUUUUGUGUGUUGUGUUUCAUUUUUCAGAUAGUUAGAUACAAGAUUGGUUAUGCUCGCAAUAUUCUUGGUGGCAUAGUUUAUCUCAUAGUUCACUUACCACUUGUCUUUGGUAAGUGGUUUCUAAGAAAUUGUCGUGGCAUUAUGGCCAAGAAAAGUC